UAAUUCCAGACUUCAGAUGUAUGUACCUAUAUAAAAUCGAUAAGCCGCUGCUCCGCUCAACCCACAAUGUGAACAUCACGACUGAACACAACGGACUGAAACGCCGAGGACUAUAGAGCGUUAGAAAAGGGAACUGCGCUUGCGUGUACUUCCUUCUCCGGCAUCAUUUUUCGAAUAUUUUCCGUGGGAAGGAAACACACGUUAAAAUUUUUCUUCUUUUUAUUUGCGAUACAUUUCUUACUUAUUGAGCACUUUUCUCGUGCAGAGAAAUUGUCAUCAAACAGCUGUUACAAUUGCAUUGUAGUAUUAUGCACCAUUUUGCGCUACAUUUAUGCCAGGUUAAACAAAUUAAAUAAUUUACCUGGAAAUUACAUACACGAGGCAAGAGGAAAAUUGUAAAAUACCUGUGGUGUCUCCACCAUUCUCUAUCUCAGUGGAGGAAUCGCUAGGUAUUUUCAUUUCGCAGUCAAAUGUGAAGCUUCACUGACUGUCAAUGAUGGUUUGUAUUAAGAAGCGGUUCUUCAACCUCAAUCGGUUACUUCUACACGCUUUCGGCUUGUGGUCGGACGAGCAAACGAUAUUCGCCCGUUUUCGGGCAACAAUGCUUUACAGUCUUUUGAUAAGUAGCAUUGUAUUUCAGCUCUCAAGACUUUUCAUUCUAGAAUAUAGCUUUGAUCUUAUUGUGAGAAUAGUCUCUUGCACGACAUUCUUUGCCAUGUUUACGAUUACACCCUUUUCAUUAGAGAUUAACAUGAAAACUAUAAAACAUCUAUUCAACCAAAAGCAAUACAUCUACGAUCAGCUAAAGGAUAGAAACGAAAUUGCUAUCUAUGACAAAUAUGGAUACAGUGGAAAACAUUUUACGACUAUUAUAAUAAUAUUUCUUGUAUGCGCCCUAUGUGGUAAUUUUGUCAUAGUAUAUUGGCCGUACAUUCUUGAUAUCGUUGUACCGAAAAAUGAGUCUCAUACAAGUCCUAUGAUCCAAUUUUUGUCCGAGUACUUUCAUGUCUCAGAGAAGUAUCAGUUUUUAGUUCUUGUGCAUUUUAACACAGCGAUAACUGCAGGGUCCAUUGUAUUCGUAGGAACGACAACAAUGUUAUUUUCGUAUUUCCUGCAUAUCUGCGGUAUGUUUGAAAUUGCCAGAAGGAAUGUUGUUUACAGCUAUCGUAUUGAACAAGCAAUGGCGAUCGAAUUGUUACAUAAUUGUCAUAUAAAAAAUAGAAUUAUGAUAUACAGAAAGAUGAUAUGUGCCAUAGAUAUGCAACGCCAAGCUAUGGAAAUUCUUAAAUACAUCGUAACUGUUAUUGACGAAACAGCUUUUAUUUUGGUAAUAACUAGUGUAGUUUGCAUGAGUUGCUACCUUUUUCGAGUAUUUCGAAUUGAAUCACCAAUGGAGAGGUUGGAAGAGGUUUUAGUAUACUUUUUGGUUGUAUCUUCAAUUCUAACGAUGAUGUUUUUAGGCAGUUAUGUUGGGCAAGAAAUUAUAGAUCAUAGUAAUCACGUAUAUGUAAUUACAUACAACGUUUCAUGGUACUUAGCACCGUUACACAUACAGAAACUGAUACUAUUUCUAUUACAAAGGAGGAAUAAAAGUUGCACUCUGGGUGUCGGUGGAUUAAUUACAGCAUCUUUCGAAUGUUUCGCAACACUGGUUAAAGUGUCAAUGUCCUACUUCACCUUCAUGUACUCGGUGCAGUAAAAAGCAGUUAGCUUGAUAGUAUCUUAUAAUAGAUAUAAAGCACACAUUCAGAUACAUAAAGUAUUUUUAUUUCUUUCGAAAUUGUAACACUCCCUACAAAAUAAAUAGACAAAAGGUGCGUUAGUUGAAAUAUACUCACAAUCAAUCAUAGAACUGACGAAAUCGACGACACAUUAGAGUAUCUUUCACCUUAAAUACAUGGGACAUUAUUUAAAUGAAGGUUCCACAAUAUGUUGAUAAUGUAUUCGUGCAUUUGUGAUUAAUGUAUGCUAUGCAUCCAAGGUAAAGCGAAACAUCAAUGACUGAUGAAGGGAAUAAGUAAAAAGGAACUUAAAUAAAAAAGUAUAGAAAAUCUUUUAUUUGCCAGGGAGUUCUAAAUUCAAAUCCAUAUUUUAAAUCGCGAUGCACUGCCAAUAUCUGAUGGUCGGAUUUUUCGCAAUGAAUAUUAUUAAUUAAUUUGUUUCUUACUAAUCUGGAAUAGAAAAUCACUGCGUUUUUAAGACUAACGAAUUUGUUGGCGCGUAGCUGAAAAUAGGUUCCUAGAGCGAGAAAAUUACUGCAUCUUAGUCUAAGAAAUUUGUUCGCAUGCAGUUAAUAAAUUUAUCCGACCAUCAGAUAUUGCCAGUGUAUCGCGAUUUAAAAUAUGGAUUUGAAUUAAAUAAAAAAUGGACGCAUUUAGGAAUGAUGGCUGUGACGAUAAUGUUAUUAGAAUAUGAAGUUACAUUGUUAACAAAAAUUUAUUGAAGAAAGUGUAUAUAAUAUGAAGAACGAUAGAUAAAUGUAGAAUACGUUGUGAAACAAUAAAAUACCUUUUUGGUUA